CCUCUCUUUCUAACAAAGUUUCCUGUUAAGAACUAAGACCAAGUUCAUGACUUUCUGCCUAAAUUGAACUCACAGAAACACCCAAGACCAAGAGAAGCAAGCAGCAGCAGCCACCAGUUUCUGGUCAUCCAUGAUCCAUCAUCCCCUUUAAUCAAAAUAUACUACUAAUAUAUACAGCUGGGUUGGAUUUGGUGGUGGCUGCGUCACCAAACACACCUUAAAUUUCUAACUACUUGCAUCAGAAUAUUCCGGUGCUUCUCUCUCACGCGCUUCUUCUCUGAUAACAUCUUUGGCUAUUAAUCUCCUACCCAUAAUUCAAAAACCCUUUUAAAACCCUUUAUCAUGGAUGCUCACUUCUCUUGCGAAGUUAAGGCGGAAGCUCUCCAAGAGAAGUUGGAACGUAGCCGAAAAGAGAAUGAAGCUCUUAGGGUUAUGCUUGAAGUUAUGAGCAGUAAGCUCAGUGUUCUUCAAUCUCGAGUUCAAGAAAAAAAAUUUAAGGUUCAUGAAAUGGGUAGAAACUCACCGUUUAGUGGUAGUGGUGCUUCAUAUAAUGAGGUCUAUGAUCCCAUCAAGAAGCAAAGGAUUGAGAUUCCCAUGGCUAAGCCUUCGCAAUUCUUUUUCAGAACUGACCCCAAAGACAAAAGCCCAAUCGUAAAGGAUGGAUAUCAAUGGAGAAAGUAUGGCCAAAAGGUUACUAAAGAUAAUCCAGCACCUAGAGCUUACUUCAGAUGUUCCAUGGCUCCAGGUUGCCCCGUCAAAAAGAAGGUUCAAAGAUGCGCGGAGGAUAAAUCAUUUCUGGUUGCAACUUAUGAAGGAGAACACAACCAUGAUCCAAAUGGUUCACCUGGACACAUAUUGUAUUCAUCACCAGAAAGCUCUAGAAGUAGCAUUUCUUGUCCAGUCAUAAGCAACCCUUUUGAACCAGGUGUAGCCCUUGAUCUUACCCUCUCAAGUGCCGUAGACGACAAGGAAAAGCCUUCCCAUAACAGUAACUCUAAGGUUGAAGAGUACGUGGCAUCCCUGACUAAAGAUCCCAGUUUCACUGUUGCUCUGGCAGCAGCUGUAGCUCGCUCUUUAUCUACACCAGGAGUUCUGUGAACUUCUCCGCUUUAAAUGUAGUGCGAUUUUGAUAAUUGAUUAGUCUUUUAUUAGUUCCUAGAUUUGCUUAUGCUUCUACUGCAUAUGUCAUGAAUGAUGAAUCCAUUCCUCCACAAUGGAAUUAGUAGUUCAAAAAAUUGCUAAAAGUUACUGCCUAAGAAGAUAUAUAAAAGGAUUGGCUUAA